AGCUGCCAUCGCGCGUCGACGCGUCUACCGCGACACUUGUCUUCGACCUCCAUCAUGACCAAGGAGAACAUUCCUCUCACGCGCCCGAGAACGGAGGACGACGACACGGAACGCGCGACGAAGAAGCGCAAGCUCGAGCCGUCGCAAAGUUAUAAUGCAUCCCAGCCGACUGGGGCGUCCUUCGCUGAAGUACUGGAGAGGAUUAAGGAGGAGUCCAACGACGGAGCUGGAGCCGAAGGUGGUGCAGAUGCAUGGGCACGACCCGCGUUAGCACCUAUAAACCCCCAAACAGACUCAAUUGUCUUCCAGCAAAUCGACGUGGAGCAUGAGAUCGACCGCAAUGCCAAUGGAUGCACCAACCUUCGGAUGUUCGGCGUGACAGACGCCGGUCACAGCGUGCUUGCCACUGUGACGGACUUCCUGCCCUAUUUCUACGUCGCACAACCUCGCGGUUUCACGAACGACGACCUGAACUCCUUCAAGGGCUAUCUUAACAACGUAACAGGCGGAUGUGUCAUCAAAAUCGAAAUCGUGAAGAAGAGGAGCUUAUGGGGCUACAUGGGAGAUGCCGUCUCGCCCUUCCUCAAGCUCACUAUCACUGAGCCAAGGUCCUUGCCUCGCGUCCGAGGCGUCUUCGAGCGAGGCGAGUGCGACUUCAAUGGCCUCUUUCCCGUUGGCGACCCCAUCAAGACCUACGAAAGCAACAUCGUCUACCCCCUGCGCUUCAUGAUCGACACCAACGUCGUCGGCAUGAACUGGCUCGAGCUCCCCGCCGGCAAGUACGACCUCAUCCCUGACAAGCAGAAGAAGUCGCGCUGCCAAAUCGAGGUCAACGUCCGCUACGACGCCUUCAUCUCGCACCCGCCGGACGGCAAGUGGCAGCGCAUCGCGCCCCUGCGCAUCCUGAGCUUCGAUAUUGAGUGCGCGGGGCGGCAGGGCAUCUUCCCCGAGGCCAAGGUCGACCCGGUGAUCCAGAUUGCGAACAUGGUGACGCGGCAGGGCGAGGGGCAGCCGUUUGUGCGGAACGUGUUCACGCUAAAUACGUGCGCGCAUAUCGUGGGGUCGCAGGUGCUGUCGUACAAGAAUGAGCGGGAGAUGCUGAUGGCGUGGCGCGAUUUCGUGGAGGAGGUCGAUCCGGAUGUGGUCAUUGGGUACAACAUCUCGAAUUUCGACUUCCCGUACUUGAUGGAUCGUGCGGAGGCCCUUAAGCUCACUGAAUUCCCUUUCCUUGGCCGGUUGAAGAACAAGCAGACGGUCGUGAAGGACACCCACUUUUCGUCGAAGGCGUACGGUCAGCGCGACUCCAAAGAGACCCCCCUCGAUGGUCGCCUACAGCUCGAUAUCCUCCAGUUCAUGCAGCGCGAGCACAAGCUGCGCAGCUACUCCCUCAACUCCGUCUGCGCCCACUUCCUCGGCGAGCAAAAGGAAGACGUGCACCAUUCCAUCAUCACCGAGCUCCAGAACGGCACAGACGAGUCCCGCCGCCGCCUCGCCGUCUACUGCCUCAAGGACGCCUACCUCCCGCAGCGGCUGCUCGACAAGCUCAUGUGCUUCGUGAACUACAUCGAGAUGGCGCGCGUGACGGGCGUGCCGUUCAACUACCUCCUCGCGCGCGGGCAGUCGAUCAAGGUGCUGUCGCAGCUGUUCCGGAAGGCGAAUAGCGACAACUAUAUUAUUCCGGCGCUGAAGGGCGAGGGCUCCGACGAGCAGUACGAGGGCGCGACGGUGAUUGAGCCGAAGAAGGGGUAUUAUGAUGCGCCGAUUGCGACGCUGGAUUUCAGCUCGCUGUAUCCGUCGAUUAUGAUGGCGCAUAAUUUAUGCUAUACGACGUUGGUGGAUAGGUCGACGAUUGAGCGGUUGGGGCUAGUGAAGGACGUGGAUUAUAUCCAGACGCCGAAUAAUGACUUCUUCGUGAAGGCGACGAAGAGGAAGGGUCUGUUGCCCACCGUCCUUGAGGACCUGAUUUCGGCGCGCAAGCGGGCGAAGGCGGACUUGAAGAAGGAGACGGAUCCCUUCAAGCGCGCGGUGCUGGAUGGUCGGCAGCUAGCGCUGAAGAUCAGUGCCAACUCCGUGUACGGGUUCACGGGCGCGACGAUCGGGAAGCUGCCCUGUCUUGCCAUCUCGUCCAGUGUUACCUCGUACGGCCGGCAGAUGAUCGAGAAGACGAAGCAGGAAGUCGAGUCCCAGUACUGCAUCGCGAACGGCUUCAAGCACGACGCUGAGGUCAUCUACGGCGACACGGACUCCGUGAUGGUCAAGUUCGGGCCUGCGGACCUCGCGACGGUGAUGGAGAUGGGCGCGGAGGCGGCGGACUUUGUGACGGGCAAGUUCGUGAAGCCGAUCAAGCUGGAGUUCGAGAAGGUGUAUUUCCCGUAUUUGCUGAUUAGCAAGAAGCGGUAUGCGGGGCUGUACUGGACAAAGACGGAGAAGUAUGAUAAGUUGGAUUCGAAGGGGAUUGAGACUGUGCGACGAGAUAAUUGUCGGCUGGUGUCGACGGUUAUCGAGACGUGCUUGCAUAAGAUGCUUAUCGACCGGGAUGUGAAGGGGGCGGAGGACUACGUUAAGCACACCAUCUCCGAGCUGCUGCAGAACAAGGUCGACAUGUCGCAGCUGGUGAUCACGAAGGCGCUCGCGAAGGCGGACUACACCGGCAAGCAGGCGCACGUCGAACUGGCCGAGCGGAUGAGGAAGCGCGACAAGCACUCGGCUCCCGCGCUGGGCGAUCGUGUGGCGUAUGUCAUUAUCAAGGGCAUGAAGGGCGCUGCCGCGUACGAGAAGGCCGAGGACCCGCUGUACGUCCUGGAGAACAACGUGCCCAUCGACACGCAGUAUUACUUGGAGAACCAAUUGUCGAAGCCUCUCAUGCGUAUUUUCGAGCCGAUUUUGGGAAGCAGGGCGAAUUCGCUACUGUCUGGAGACCAUACGCGCACUAUCCAGAUCGCAACACCGACAGUUGGCGGCUUGAUGAAGUUCGCGGUCAAGACCGUUACGUGCUUGGGAUGCAAGACGCCGCUGCGUGCAGGGGUCAACAGUCAAGCUGGUGGCGCCGUGUGCAACAACUGCAGGGGGCGGAUGCCCGAGCUGUACCAGAAGCAGGUCAUGACGGCGUCGGAGCUGCAGACACGGUUCGCGCGGUUGUGGACACAGUGCCAGCGGUGCCAGGGCUCGUUGCAUCAGGAUGUCCUAUGUUCCGCAAAGGACUGCCCUAUCUUCUAUAUGCGCAAGAAGGCACAGAAGGACGUGGAGGAUGCGAAUUCGACACUGGAGCGGUUCGAUAAUGAUUUGUGGUAACGGAGUAUCUUCUAGACUUGUUUCGUAUCUGUAGAGCUUUUGCAUACCCUGUUCUGGUCUGAGCUAUUGACACUAGCCUUAUUACUUCGCGUACGGUUGUCUUGUGUGGUCUGAUCACAUGAUCGCGCUUGUUCAAGCCACGAGUCUAUGGCGAAAAUCAGAGUGG